GGUGUAGAGAUGUAAUUAAAUAAUGGAAGGACGCUCAGGAGUCUCCAUGGGAAUAAACUUGGGCACUGAAAGAACGUGCGCACUCCAGAGAUUGAAAAAUCGACAAUUUCCCCACGCUCGCACCUUACUGUUUCCUUUCGUUCAGCAUUCGACCAUGAAACUGCUUCGACCUGCCAUAGGUCCUUAUUUGGUCCUUCCGUUGGAUUGUUGCGUUCUGUAGCAUCAUGUGAGUGCAUUUACAAGGCUGAUCAUGCUUGUGUUCAUAGUUAGUUCCCUCCCUGGUAGGCAAAGCUUUCGUUCAUUAUAAUCCGUUUAAACGUACAUUGCAAAUAUGAGACGUAGUUGUGCAUUCGGCUUUAUGAAUGCGGAUUGCUUGACGUAAACUGCCACUCGCCUCGAAAUUCAGUGUUUUGGCGACCUGAUGUCAUAACUCAAAGUCUCAAUAAGUGGAGUGUUCGGCUCGGCUGACGUCCCCGAAUUCCACUUCGGGUGGGUUCACAUUAACUUACGAAUCAAGCCGCGCGGCGGACGCAGCUGGGUGGCAAUGUUGAUGAUCUGCGCUGCCGGGGGCUACAGGAAAAGCGACAAAGUAAUCCAGCGCCGACCCACUUCAUCCGGCCGUGGGAGAGACGUAAGAUGAGGGCUGACAGAGUGAAAGAAAAGAAAAGUGUCUCCGAGCAGCAGGUAACGCAGCGCCCUGCCUGACAGGACCGCUGCCAUCAGCUCUGGCGAAACGCGACGCGACGCAACGCAACGCCACGCAGCGCCGCCUGCCCUCAACAGCAGCCGAGCGACCCCGCAAAGUUUUUUUUGUUUGUAGCCCCCAGCAAGAUUCACGUGGGCUUACCUUUGGAGAUCUCUCCUAACUGUUUGGAGAAUAUAAACCGAGAAAAAAGAUGCAGUCUUUGCUCACAGUGCCGAGUUUUUUGUCGGUGAGAAUUCAGCUUGGAAAGCGGGCGGCGGUAACAAACGGCUCCACACAACGCGUUUAACAUCGAGCGCUGAGAUGCGUCCUAACCCUGAACGGAUGAAGGGGUCGCCUUGCUGCCCCAGAGUCAUAACCAGACAUCCCACAAUUUGAAGCUUAAAAUCCCCCAUUGCUGUUGGAUUGUGUCAAGAAUGGAAUGAGAAUAGCUUGCUGUGUUUGCUCGAUAACACUUUUUUCUUUCUCUCUUUCAUUUCGAAUGAACAUCUCCCGAUGAAUUCAGCACUCAGCACAUUUCCAGAAGGCGUGACAACAAGAAAAAAAACGGUGGCCCAAAUGUAUCAGGAAAUGGCCCUCCUAACGAGCAGCACAGAGCGCCCCUUCACCACCACCACCACCACCGCCGCUGCCACCUUCUCAUUCAACCAUCUGGAGAACCCGCAUGAGAUUCGCACCAAAAAGGGCAUCUUCUACAAAAAGGCCAAAGCCGUCCGUCCGAGGGAGGAUUGCUAUCAUAUAUCGAACUUAAGCGACAACAGGACCACGUGUGUCAUAAUCAACGUUGGCGGGAUUAAGUAUAGGAUUCCUUGGACUACCUUGGACGAGUUUCCACUGACCAGGCUCGGGAAGUUAAAAACGUGCAACAAUUACGAGGAGAUAAUGGACGUUUGUGACGACUACGACGUCAGCUGCAAUGAGUUUUUUUUCGACCGCAACCCUAGUGCCUUCAGAACCAUCAUGACCUUCCUUGCAGCAGGGAAGCUCAGACUUCUCCGAGAGAUGUGCGCACUCUCCUUUCGGGAGGAGCUCCUCUACUGGGGCGUUGAGGAGGAGAACCUGGAGUGGUGUUGCCUUCGCAAGUUGCGCCAGAGGGAGGACGAGUACGCAGAGGCUCGGCGGCUAGAAGAAGACUCCUUCCCUGUCGCGGAGGAGCCACCCAUUGCCUUUCAGGAUGAGGUGCAUAUGAGCAGCUGCAGGAGGAGACUCAGGGACAUGGUGGAGAAUCCGCAUUCAGGGAUCCCUGGGAAAAUUUUUGCAUGCCUCUCCAUCAUCUUCGUGGCCAUUACGGCGGUGACGCUGUGCAUCAGUACGAUGCCAGAUCUCCGAGAAGAAGAAGAAAAGGGAGAAUGCUCUCAGAGGUGUCACAACAUUUUCGUCCUGGAGACGGUUUGCGUGGGAUGGUUCUCCCUCGAGUUCUUCUUGCGGUUCAUCCAAACACAAAGCAAGUGCGUCUUUCUGAGGACUCCGCUGAAUAUUAUUGAUAUCAUGGCGAUCCUGCCGUACUACAUCACCCUGAUCGUGGACUCCUUGUCUAUCCGAAAGAAGACCGUCGGGUCGGGAAACAACUAUCUGGAGAAAGUGGGCCUUGUCCUCCGAGUGCUGCGAGCCCUGCGGAUUUUUUAUGUCAUGAGGCUGGCCCGCCAUUCCCUGGGCCUCCAGACCCUUGGUCUGACGGUCCGUAGAUGCACACGGGAGUUUGGGCUGCUCUUGCUUUUCCUCUGUGUUGCGAUGGCCCUCUUCUCCCCAUUGGUGUUCCUGGCCGAAAGCGAGAUGGGAGCCAAGCAGGAGUUUACCAGCAUCCCCGGCUGCUACUGGUGGGCGGUCAUUUCCAUGACCACGGUUGGCUACGGUGACAUGGUGCCCCGAAGCAUCCCAGGUCAGGUGGUAGCGCUCAGCAGUAUCCUGAGCGGCAUCUUGCUCAUGGCCUUCCCCGUCACCUCCAUCUUUCACACCUUUUCCCGAUCCUACCUGGAAUUAAAAGAGCAGAAUCAAAGAGCCGCCAGGCAAAAACCCGACUCGCAAGACAAUUCCAAGUCCCAGAACAGCGACGAUUCCCAGGAAACGGACAGCUCUUUCCCAGUGGGGGUGGCGGAAUCUUCGAUACACAGGAAGUCUGUGACGGCAGCUUUGUUCAAGAGCACGGAAAAUAAGCCUUUACCAAAGAACAUGACGGGAUGAGUGAGGGGAGCGAUUCUCAUGUGUGUGAAUCCUACCGACUACGCCACCUCCUAGAACAUUCUAGAAGGAUUUUGGGGGGGGGAGUUACUUACUGAAGCCUUUCAAGGACACAAGGGAAACAUGAAAACUUUUGCCUUUUCAUUCACAUAGUUGGGGUUUUUAAAUGAUAUUAAUCACCGGAGAGCACAUAUUUAAUGCGGCAGGCUAAAGUUCAUACAGCUGAUUAGUAACCGGACUUGUAUUCUUUUGUUGUCUUUCAUGUGCUGUCAAAUAAAAAUUGGAAAAAGGAUUUUCAAAAUUUCAUUUCACUCUCUGUAGAACUCACACAGACCAAGGCCGGGCCGGGCCGGGCAGGAAUCGAUCCCGGGUUUCUUGAGAUGUUAGGCCUCAGCCCUGUGCCAUACGUACUUUCCCAGUACCAAGUGGACUUACAAAAAUGAAACCCGUCCAACUUUUCUGUCUGCGCUUUCCAUUACAGUGUUGCGAGGUGAGCCGAAGCCGAUCCUGACAACAGCGGGUACAAGGCUGAGAUGCCAAUCCACUGUGGGGCCACUUGGCAUGAAGUGCAUGCCAUUGGGAUGUGCGAUGAAACCUCGUGGCUAUGGGUACAACGGGCAAACUUCUCACACACACACACAGAGUGAGCCGGCCAGGUCCCCGGAGGCGUACGUGCUAACCAGUGUGUCACUGAAGGUACAACCGUCACGCGUUUAUUUGUGAACACACGUAUUCU